AUGCUUCGAGCAUGUGUGAUUGACUGUGGUGGUUAUUGGGACCAGUUAUUACCAUUGACAGAGUUUGCUUAUAAUAAUAGUUACCAGUCGAGCAUUUAUAUGGCUCCAUUUGAGGCACUUUAUAAGAGGCGAUAUAGAUCUCCUAUUGUGUGGUUUGAUGCAUUUGAGGUAAGGCCAUGGGGUACUGACCUUUUGAAAGAGUCAUUAGACAAGAUUAAGGUGAUUCAGGAUAAGCUCUUAGUGGCUCAGAGAAGACAGAAGGAAUAUGCGGAUCGAAAGGCCCGAGAUUUUAAGUGCCGUGUGGGGAAGGUAGCCUAUAAGUUGGCUUUGCCUCCAGGUUUGUCAGGUGUUCACAUAGUGUUUCAUGUCUCUAUGUUAAAGAGAUACAACGGUGAUGGUUCUUACAUUAUUCAUUGGGAUUCAGUCUUGUUGGAUGAGAACUUGUCGGAUGAGAACUUGUCUUAUGAGGAAGAGACUAUUGCCAUCUUAGAUAGAGAGGUUCGUAAGUUGAAGUCUAAGGAGAUAGCGUCAGUGAAGGUUCAGUGGAAGGAUCAUCCUAUUGAGGAGGCUACUUGGGAGACCGAGUCCGAUAUGCAAAAUAAGUAUCCUUUUCUUUUCACCUAG